AGCUGCAGGAGAAAAGUCUGAAGCUAGCAGAAGGUGGUUCAUGAGGUUUGAGGGAGGAAGCCAUCUCCAUAACAUAAAAGUGCAAGGUGAAGCAGCAAGUGCUGGUGGAGAAGCUGCAACAACUUUCCCAGAAGAUUCACCCAAGGAAAUGUGGGACAUUUGGAUUUGGGAUAUGAAUUCAUUUGAAAAACCACUUUGGGGUUAUGAACGUGAUUUCUGAUGAAACUGGAUUGGAAUAAUUUUCAUGAUCUUUGUAUAUUUAUAUAUAUAUAUUUUAAAAUUUUGCAUUUGACUUAAGUGCCAUGAGAAAAUUUGCAUAUUGCAAGGUGGUCCUAGCCACCUCCUUGAUUUGGGUACUCUUGGAUAUGUUCCUGCUGCUUUACUUCAGUGAAUGCAACAAAUGUGAUGAAAAAAAGGAGCGAGGACUUCCUGCUGGGGAUGUUCUAGAGCCAGUACAAAAGCCUCAUGAAGGUCCUGGAGAAAUGGGGAAACCAGUUGUCAUUCCUAAAGAGGAUCAAGAAAAGAUGAAAGAGAUGUUUAAAAUCAAUCAGUUCAAUUUAAUGGCGAGUGAGAUGAUCGCGCUCAACAGAUCUUUACCAGACGUCAGGUUAGAAGGGUGUAAAACAAAGGUGUAUCCAGAUAAUCUUCCUACAACAAGUGUGGUGAUUGUUUUCCACAAUGAGGCUUGGAGCACACUUCUGCGAACUGUCCAUAGUGUCAUUAAUCGCUCACCAAGACACAUGCUAGAAGAAAUUGUUCUAGUAGAUGAUGCCAGUGAAAGAGACUUUUUGAAAAGACCUCUAGAGAGUUACGUGAAAAAAUUAAAAGUACCAGUUCAUGUAAUUCGAAUGGAACAACGUUCUGGAUUGAUCAGAGCUAGAUUGAAAGGAGCUGCUGUAUCUAAAGGCCAAGUGAUCACCUUCUUAGAUGCUCACUGUGAAUGUACAGUGGGAUGGCUGGAGCCUCUCUUAGCCAGGAUCAAACAUGACAGGAAAACAGUGGUCUGUCCUAUCAUUGAUGUGAUCAGUGAUGAUACUUUUGAGUACAUGGCAGGCUCUGAUAUGACCUACGGUGGCUUCAACUGGAAGCUCAAUUUCCGCUGGUAUCCUGUUCCCCAAAGAGAGAUGGACCGAAGGAAAGGUGAUCGGACUCUUCCUGUCAGAACACCUACAAUGGCAGGAGGCCUUUUUUCAAUAGACAGAGAUUACUUUCAGGAAAUUGGAACAUAUGAUGCUGGAAUGGAUAUUUGGGGAGGAGAAAACCUAGAAAUUUCCUUUAGGAUUUGGCAAUGUGGAGGAACUUUGGAGAUUGUCACCUGCUCACAUGUUGGACAUGUGUUUCGGAAAGCCACACCUUACACGUUUCCAGGAGGCACAGGACAGAUUAUCAAUAAAAAUAACAGACGACUUGCAGAAGUGUGGAUGGAUGAGUUCAAGAAUUUCUUCUAUAUAAUUUCUCCAGGCGUUACAAAGGUAGAUUAUGGAGAUAUAUCAUCAAGACUUGGUCUAAGACACAAACUACAAUGCAAACCUUUCUCUUGGUAUCUAGAGAAUAUUUAUCCUGAUUCUCAGAUUCCACGUCACUAUUUCUCUUUGGGAGAGAUAAGAAAUGUGGAAACAAAUCAGUGUCUAGAUAACAUGGCUAGAAAAGAGAAUGAAAAAGUUGGAAUUUUUAACUGUCAUGGUAUGGGAGGUAACCAGGUUUUCUCCUAUACUGCCAACAAAGAAAUUAGAACAGAUGACCUUUGCUUGGAUGUCUCCAAACUUAAUGGCCCAGUCACAAUGCUCAAAUGCCACCACCUAAAAGGCAACCAGCUUUGGGAGUAUGACCCAGUGAAAUUAACCCUGCAGCAUGUGAACAGUAAUCAGUGCCUGGAUAAAGCCACAGAAGAGGAUAGCCAGGUGCCCAGCAUAAGAGACUGCAAUGGAAGCCGCUCCCAGCAGUGGCUUCUUCGAAAUGUCACCCUUCCAGAAAUAUUCUGAGACCAAAUUUACAAAAAAAAAAAAAGAAAGAAAGAAAAGGAAAAAAGAAAAAAAAAAAAAAAAGGAUUGACUGGGCUACCUCAGCAUACAUUUCUGCCACAUUCUUAAGUAGCAAAAAAGGAAAAGUGCUUUCCUCCUGCGGGGAUGUAAGGUUUAUCAGCCAUUAAAACUUAGACUCCUCUCGCUUUUCACUAGCUGUGAACCAGCCUUCUUGUCCGAGGACGUGAAACUACAUAGUAGCGAGACUGUGCACACCGAUGUUUACAAGAUGGAAAGUGUCUUUCAUCCAGAAUCAUGGUAAAGAAUAUUCAGACAAUGAAGCAAUCAACAAAACAUGCUUUCCGGAGCUGCACCUUGUAUGGUUUGCUUGCACAUCGGUAACUGCUGCUGAAUGUGCUGUCAUAAGAGAUUUCCAAGAUUUUUUUUCUGAUUAGAACUGGUAACCAGUAUAUUAAAUAUUGAUAUAAAAAUAAGUGAAAAAGAACUGGAACCAGUUUCAGAAUCAUGAAGACAUUUUUACAAUUUAAGAAGAAACUAUAUUAAACAGGGUUUAAAGGAAAUUAAAACUAUGAGAAGUACAAUUUGUUAUAGUAUAGUAUCAAAUUUCUAUAUAGAUUUUAUACCUCAGUGGGGAAAAAUAACUGAUUCCAAUGACAUUCAUUUUCAUCUGUGAUAGUCAUGGAUGCUUUUUUUUUUCCUUGGGGUGCUGAAAUUGAGCUGAAAAAAAAAAAGGCUCUUUGAACGUAGUUUUAAUUGCUUCAGUUUUUUUAUUUGGUUUAUGGGCUGUUGGAAUUGUACUUUUUAAUUGCCUUCAAAGAAUGAAGAUUUAAAAUGUCUGGUCUCACUGAACAUGUUAGAUCUCUCAGUUGCUCUUGGGUCAACUGGCUUAUAGACUUUCACACACAAAUUUCUUAUUAGAUUUUGAACUUCUUAACUUGAUUCAGCUGGUAAUGCUUACUACCCAAGAUUCAUACUACUGUACUACAGAUUUAUUUUCACAGCAAUAAAUCUUCAGUUCUUUAUGAUUCCACUCAACAAAAGGCCUGCAGAAGGGAUUAUUUGGAUAUUUGGAGAGGAUACAUGGAUGGUUUUUUGGAAAACUUUUUUCACUCCAUACUCUCAUGUGCUUUAUUGUCAAGUGCAUAUUUAGAUUAGGUUCUUGAAUUGUAAUGAUUUUUUUAAUAAAAUUUGACUGAAAAUGUUGGACAUCGUUUUAAUGAGUUAACCAAAGAAGUGCAGUUACUGUUGCAUAGUGGUACUGCAUUUCUUCCCUAAAUUCCAUUUAGGUUAAAUCCAUUUUCUUUUUUUCUGAUUUUUAAUACCACAAAAUAACUUCAGAAUCAAUUAAAAGUUGAGUAAACAGUUUUAAUUUCACAAAUCUCGUGACAUUUUUCCUGAUAAUAUAAGGCAGUCCAUUGGCAAAAGUGUGUGUCUUUUCCUUCUUAUUUGUAAGAUUGACAUUCUUUUCUUUGAUCAUCAGAGACUCUCACUGCAGGCAGUGCUGUUUCUUGUGCCUACGAAUGUUUCUGAAAGUUAUAUCACUAAUGCUACUUGCGAAGGUGAGUUUAUGGGAAGUUUCUCAUCUUCUGUUCAAGUUAAUGAGUAUCAAGAAUAUCAAGCACGUGUGGAUGCUUCAGGCUGAGACUGUAGUACAGAAGGCAUGAAUUCUGUCCCCAGGAAAUUUGCAGUGAAACAGGUGCUGGGUGGGUUUGUUGUUUUUUCCCUACUCCAUGAGCUCUGUUAAUUCUGUCUUCAGUAGGCCUAAUGUUUGAAUAAACCAGAUGUCUAAUAAAUUAUUUUCAUGCUCAGAAUUUUCAGGUUUUUGUACUCUAGUAUAGCUUGGUCUUAUUUCUUACUGUAAGAAAGCUUAAUAGCAAUGUGAUUUAAGGUUUUGUUUUGUUUUUAAGAGGGGAAUGUGAGUGAUUUCAUUCAUGGGUACUUUUAGAACCUGAUGGAUAAUCCCAUUGCCUUUAUUUUUCUAAUUAAAGAAUUCCUAAGUACUUUGAAAAUACAAAAUAUUCCUGAAUAGUUGUGCCUUACAUUGAUUUUAUUUGAAGUUAAAAUGGAUUCCUAGUCAUUAUGUCCAUUUGUAGAUCAGGCAAUAUGCUAACCACUCUGUUAUACGUCAAACUGGGAAGAAAAGAAUCAGAAAGAAAGCCAGGGAUGAAAAGAGGGAUUAUUAGAUCAGUGAAGAAUUUAUAAAUGUGCCAAGGAUAAUCUGAAUCUCUCAAAUAUAUUCACCUUAUUCCAAUCCCAA